AUGAAGUUCACCUCCGUCGUCAUCGCGGUUCUCGCCGCUGGCACCGUCCAGGCUGCCGCUACUCCUCAAACAACUCUCCCCAAGUGGUGUGGCCACAUCGGCCAGGGCUGCAAGCGGACCACCGAUGCCUCCGUCGAUGUCAAGCGCUCUGCCGAUGCUCUCGCCGAGGCCAUGGCCAAGAAUCUGCCCCUUGUUCUUCAGAAGUGGUGUGGCCACAUUGGCCAGGGCUGCUACAAGGCCAAGCGUGCCGCCGAUGCCGUCGAUGAGGUCAAGCGAAGAGGAAGAGGAGUAAAGUGUCUCCUAUACAAUGAAUUCCGUGGUGCUGCAACAUCGAUAGAGAUUGCUCGAUAG